GUGUGUGUGUGUGUGUGUGUGUACUCCCAGUAGAGUAUUAGAGCUAAUCAGCUUGGCUCGCUCCACUAAUCUGAAAUGACAGACAGAACGUAACCAGUCCAGAGCAUGAUAAGCCUGAGUUACCUUUAGCUCAAUGAGGAAUCUCUUUCAGCUCUUAAAACACCUACGGUUCUGUCAUGCUAAAACCAGAACAGGACUUAGUAAUAAUGGAGGAGGAGAACACCUAUACAAGAUGUUGGGUGUGUGUGCUGAGCUGCCUUCUGCUCGCGUGUGUGUACGUUGGCAGCCUGUACGUCUGGAGAAGCAGCUUACCCAGGGACCAUCCCAGUGUGAUAAAGCGUCGCUGUGCCAGUGUGCUGCUGGUCUCUGCGCUGUCACCAGCAGUGGUGAAGGUAUGGAUACACUGGGCCGAUGUCAAAGUGGACGUGUCUGUUUGGGAGCUGAUGGGGGUUCGUUUGGAAGGUCUGGUUCCUGCAGCUUUAUUGCCUUUACUACUCACCAUGGUACGUCAGGGGGUCUCCUCCAGAGAAAACAUAGAAAAAGAAGGCAUUUCUUGCCUACAACAAAAAAUAUAUAUAUGUCAUCGUAAAGUCUUGACUUUUAUUUGCCCAGAUGUUCAGUCAUGGAGGCAGUGUGCGAGAGAUGCAGUGUGGCUCAGGAACCAGGUGGUGGCACCAGUGACAGAGGAGCUUGUGUUCAGAGGAGCGAUGCUGCCCAUGCUGGUGCCGUGCACAGGACCCACAGCUGCCAUCUUUACUGCUCCUCUCUUUUUUGGUGUGGCUCAUUUACACCACAUCAUAGAACAACGGCGGCUUCACAAGGACAGCAUGAGAGUCAUCCUCUCGAUUUCAGGGAUCCAGUUCUUAUACACAACUGUGUUUGGUGCCUUUACCGCCUUCAUUUUCAUGAGAACUGGCCAUGUGGUGGGUCCAAUUUUGUGCCAUUCGUUUUGUAACAGUCAGGGCCUUCCAGACAUCAGUGCAGCACUUCAACACCCUCAAAAGUCACCUCUUCUCCUCUCAUAUGUUAUGGGUUUGCUGCUGUUUCUGGUGCUCCUAUUCCCACUGACAGACCCCUUCUUCUAUGGUGUCGCUCCUGUCUGCAGCCUGGCUCCCCCCUCCAGCCUCUGUCUGCCAGAUCCAGUGAAAUGAAAUAUACACCCACUCUUGAAACAUUUUGUUUCUCCAAUGAAGUUCAUUUUGUGUUGGGUUUUUCAAAUAAAAACCUUUUAUAAAGAAAA